AUGGCUCAUGACAACAACGUUGCUGAUCUCGAUGUGGAUGAUGAAGGGAUAGCAGAUAUGCAUAGCAUAGUUCCAUCGACUAUCAGUCUUCGCAAAUCACUUCUUGAGUACCGUAUCGAGAAUGGCAGGACGUAUCACCGAUACAAAGACGGCAAAUACAACCUCCCCAACGACGAAAAGGAAUUAGAUCGGCUCGAUUUACAGCACCAUUUAUGGCUUCUUGCUUUAGAUGACAAACUUGGCAUGGCUCCACCUUGUAUGGAGGGUGCUCAAGUCGGCCGGGUGCUUGACGUCGGAACUGGCUCCGGCAUCUGGGUCCUCGACUUUGGUGACGAGCAUCCUGAGUCCGAGGUGUUUGGUAUCGACCUGUCGCCAACUCUCCCAAUAUACGUUCCACCAAAUGUCAAAUUUGAAGUCGACGAUGCUGAGGAAGAGUGGACUUGGUCGCGGCCUUUUUCUUACAUCCACAGCCGGGUGAUGACCUCCAGUAUUGGUGACUGGAAGCUUUAUCUACGCCGUUGCUUCAAUCAUCUCGAACCUGGGGGAUGGGUCGAGUUACAAGAAUUUGAUCUCUUUCCAAGAUCAGACGAUGGCACUCUCACACCCGAGCAUCCGUUGAUGAGGUGGUGCAGUCUCCUCCUCGAGGCAUCAGAAAAGUUCGGUCGGCCCUACGUCGAAGUGCCACUACUGAAGGACCUCCUCAUAGAGGUCGGUUUCGUGGAUGUGUCGCUAAGUCUAUGUAAGUGGCCUACUAAUACUUGGCCGAAAGACCCGAAGUAUAAAGAAAUUGGUACCUGGCACGGCGAAAACGUUUCUGGCGGCCUUGAAGGCUUCACUAUGGCACCUUUAACGCGAGCCCUCGAUUGGACACCUGCCGAGGUCGAGGAAUUUCUUGUCGAUGUACGGGAAAACAUUCAAGACAGGACUAUACAUGCAUGGUGGCCAGCGUAUUGCAUUGUCGGACGCAAACCAUAUUAG